GAAGAGGAAGAAGAAGCUCGAACGCUUUGUGAUCGUCUGAGAGAGGGAGAGAGGGAGGGAGAGAGAGAGAGAUAGUACCAAAUAUCCUACCAAAUUCCGAUCAAGUCCCAACCCUCAGAAACCAGAAGUUUCAGAUUCAAAUUCCAUCUCACUGGUUCUGAAUCCUGAUCCCAAAUCUGGAAGAUGGAGAAGGAACCGGCGGUACCGACUGAGCAAGAAGAGACGGAAGCUGAAGCUCUGGAGCUUGUUCUUUUUCAAGUGCCUGAAUGUUACGUAUACUUGAUACCGCCGAGGAAAAGUGCCGCUUCAUACAGGGCAGAUGAAUGGGAUGUAAACAAAUGGGUAUGGGACGGGAUAUUGAAAGUAAUCAGCAAAGGAGAAGAGUGCAUUAUCAGACUUGAAGAUAAGAAAACGAAUGAACUAUAUGCUCGGGCAUUUUUGAGAAAUGGAGAGCCUCAUCCAGUGGAACCUGUAAUUGAUAGCAGCAGAUACUUCGUUCUACGUGUAGAGGAGAACAUUGAUGGUCGGCUUCGGCAUGCUUUCAUUGGCAUUGGAUUUCGAGAAAGAACAGAAGCUUAUGAUUUCCAAGCCGCCUUGCAUGAUCACAUGAAAUAUCUGGACAAAAAGAAAACUGCAGAAGAGAUGGAACAAAAAUUUCAGCAAACUUCCUUAGUUGAUUACAGCUUAAAAGAGGGGGAGACUAUUGUACUACAAUUAAAGAACAAAACUGCCGAAAUCGUGAAGUCCAAGGUUUCUGAGAACAACUCACCAGAGAAAAAGGCUAACCAAAAAGAACCCUUGAUUUGUAUCAAACCACCACCUCCUCCUCCGGCACCACUUUCGCCUUCUGCUACUGUUGACAAGUCUUCCUCAAACUUGCCUCCAAAUCUCAAUCUUGAGGGAACUUCUAAGCAUGAGGCCUCGGAAUCAACGGAACAUGAGUCGAAGGAAACAAGCUCUUCUGGGAAUCAAGGCACUCAAGAUAUACCAGAUGACGACUUUGGGGAUUUUCAGGCAGCUGGUUAAUAUGAAUUUAUAAAAUCUGAUGUGAGAUAUUAAACGCCAGAACAUGUCUUCUGCUUUUUGAUGCAUUGGGGUUGUGACGGUUUAGAUUUUGUUUGAAAAAUAUUUGAUUGAUCUGGUGUAUAUCUAUAAAUUAACUAAAGUGAAGUUACUGAGAAAGCAAAAUUUGCAAAUUAUAAAGAGGGGAAAUUGAAUUGUU